GCUAAGCAGCCACAGUACACUGCGCCUCGUACAAAGUCUCGCAGAAACAUCGCGAGGUUGGUAUCUCUUGGUAACGGUACAUCACACAGCUUACAUGGAGAGGUCUGAGCGACAAAAGCCUCAGCUUAUUACCAACCAGCCGUACGACGAGACCCUGGACCUCAACGACUCAGAAGAGGUGUCCAGUUUGUACACACCUACUCCACGGCAAGCAGUCUUUAGGAACACAAGCCGACAUCAGCUGAAAAGCAUGGCCAAUAGUGGCAGUGAUGAGUUUGAAGAUGGUACCAAGCCAAAAAAGAAAGGGCCACCUGCUAGUCCACACGAAACGACUGAAAAUAAUGAUGAAGAGGAGGAGGAUGACGACGACGAUGAUGAUUCUGAUGAAACUGAGUCAGAUGAAGAUGACGGGGAGCCAGGAUCAACUCUAGAAGGGGCAUAUGAUCCGUCAGAUUAUGACCAUCUUCGUGUCACAUCAGAUAUCAAAGAACUUUUCCAGUACAUCACACGAUACACACCACAGACCAUUGAAUUGGACCAUAAGCUGAAGCCUUUUAUUCCUGACUUCAUUCCAGCUGUAGGUGACAUUGAUGCUUUCCUCAAAGUUCCUCGUCCGGAUGGGAAGGUGGAUGGUCUGGGCUUGCUGGUGUUGGAUGAACCAUGUGCUAAGCAAUCUGACCCAACUGUGCUCUCCCUGUGGCUUUCUGAGAACAGUAAACAACACAAUGUUGCUGAAGUGAAAGUGAAGAGUAUCGAGAACCCACAGAAGAACCCAAAAGCUAUAGAUAACUGGAUAGAAAGCAUCAGUGAACUACAUCGCUCCAAACCACCAGCUACAGUACAUUACACCAGACCCAUGCCAGACAUUGAUACCCUGAUGCAGGAAUGGCCACCUGAGUUUGAAGAGCUUUUGGGCAAGGUAAACCUCCCCACAGCAGAUAUUAAUUGUGACCUGGCAGAGUACAUUGACAUAAUUUGCGGUAUCUUGGACAUUCCAGUGUACAAGAACCGAAUCCAGUCUCUUCACGUCCUGUUCACACUUUAUACUGAAUUCAAAAACUCCCAGCACUUUAAGAAUUCGACAGAGGGCCGCAAGUCCAACAUGUCGUCAACUCAACAUAUUGCUACUACAGAAGCAGAGACACUCACAUUAGAGUGAUUUUUUUGUCUGUCUCUUAUCCGCUCUCUCUAACUCUUACUCUCUCACAUACACCAGCGUAUAUGAAUUCACAAACUUUAUGAAAGAGCUAAUGAGUCACUCUGCCCCAACUC